GAGGAGGAAAGACAGGAUGGUAUAAAGCAAGAGACCAGACAUUGCUCUGCCACAGUUGCUCUGAGGUCCUGGGAGAGAGAAGGAGUACACACUCUUCUUCCCGCUUCUCGUCUGUCCGCCUCUCCUAAUACUUGAAAAAAGAGACUUCGCCACCCGCAGGUUCCAGAGGAGUAAAUAUAACAAAGGGGGUCUCUUUCCCGCUCCUCCUUCAUAUUUUGCAAAGAUCUGUUGCACAGACAAGAAGACAUCCCUUUGAGGAGUGUUUCUUCUCUCAUCCCAAUUCCACUGAGCAGAACAUGGCCAGAAGUCCCACUCCGACUUGGACUGUCGUACCAUUUGGGCUACUCUUCCUAGUCCAUGGAAUCCAUUGCUUUUUCUUGCCCAAUGCUACCGAGUUGGAAAGCAUCCUCAGUAAAUACCAGGAGGAGCAGCCCCACUCAAGGACCAAGAGAGCCAUUUCUCGAUCGGACAAAGAAGAGAUUCUAAUGCUUCACAAUAAACUGAGAGGUCAAGUCUACCCUUCAGCAUCCAACAUGGAAUACAUGAGAUGGGACGAUGAGCUGGAGAGAUCGGCCGAGUCCUGGGCCCAUGAAUGCAUUUGGGAUCAUGGGCCUGCCACCCUUCUUAGGUCUAUUGGUCAAAAUCUGGCUGUUCACUGGGGCAGGUAUCGCUCUCCAGCUUUCCAUGUCCAGUCUUGGUACGAUGAAGUGAAAGAUUAUACCUAUCCCUAUCCCCACGAAUGUAAUCCCUGGUGUCCAGAGAGAUGUUCAGGACCGAUGUGCACCCACUACACACAGGUGGUCUGGGCAACAACAAAUAAGGUUGGCUGUGCUGUGAACGUCUGCAAAAGGAUGGACGUGUGGGGCCAAAUCUGGGAGAAUGCUGUCUACCUGGUCUGCAACUACUCUCCUAAAGGCAACUGGAUCGGAGAAGCACCUUAUAAAAACGGCAGGCCGUGUUCUGAAUGCCCGCCUAGCUAUGGAGGAAGGUGCCAGAAUAAUCUCUGUUACAAAGAUGACGGUUACGUCCAAAAACCCGAGACCGAAGAGACCAAUGAAGUGGAGACGCCCCAGGUGUCGGACAGCAAACCUGUGUGGAAGCCCAAAGCCACAAAACCUGUGAAAGAAAAGCCAACCGCUGUGUCUUACAUGACACAAGUGAUCAAGUGUGACACCAAAUUGAGGGAUAAAUGCAAAGGAUCGACAUGUAACAGAUACCUGUGUCCUGCUGGCUGCUUGAACAAUAACGCAAAAGUGUUUGGAACCUUUACCUAUGAAAGCUCAUCCAGUAUAUGUCGGGCUGCCAUCCAUUCUGGGGUGCUGGAUAACAGAGGAGGCCUGGUAGACAUCACCAGGAAAGGCAGAGCAGAUUUCUUUGUGAAGUCUUCAAGAAAUGGCAUCCAAUCAUCAAGCAAAUUCAAACCUUCUAAUUCCUUCAUUGUUUCGAAAGUCACAGUGCAGACUCUGGAUUGUUACACCACAGUAGCGGAGCUUUGCCAGUUCAAGAAGCCAGCCACUCAUUGCCCAAGGUCUUACUGCCCAGCUUACUGCAAAGAUGAGCCAUCCUACUGGGCACCAGUGUAUGGCACCAACAUUUACGCAGAUAAUUCCAGUAUCUGCAAGGCUGCUGUGCAUGCAGGGGUCAUUGGGGACAACGCUGGUGGGUACGUGGACGUGAUGCCUGUGGAGAAGAAGAAAUCCUACAGUGGCUCUUCAAAGAAUGGGAUCCAAUCUGCAAGCUUAAAGACACAGACAGAAGGAAACGCCUUCCGAAUCUUUGCCGUGAAGCAAUAAAUUUCCAAGAAGCGGAACCCCGUCUUUUGGGAGGAGGAG